ACUGAUUCCGAUCAUUGUCCACGUGUGAAGUAACGCUGCAUCUCCUUCCGUCCGACUCCGUGCGGAAAGGCAACCACGAGCCUUUCUUUAACUGAAAACGUGUGCCGUUUGACCUGAUCACAGUCUGGAAUGACAGCUGUAGACGUGUGCACUGGUUUGGAAAGAACUUUUAAGAACUUUUGAGUUGGUGUGAUCCAGUCACAAUUAAGUGGAACAUGUCCCCUGCUCGAGCAGCUGAGUUGGACUACAAACCCCUGGAUGGUGGUUGGGGCUGGAUGGUGGUGUUUGGAGCCCACAUUUCCAUUGGAUUUGCAUACUCUACACCCAAAGUCCUCUCCAUUUUCUUUGAAGCGAUCCAAGAGGAUUUAGGAGCCGGCUACAGUGAAAUGGCAUGGAUUUCCUCUAUCAUGCUAGCUGCCAUGUAUGCAGGCGGACCAGUGAGCACUGUGUUGGUCAAUCGCUUUGGAAGCCGGCCAAUAGUCAUACUGGGUGGACUGAUGUGUGGGGUCUCUAUGGUAGCCGCUUCUUUUGGGAGCUCCCUCCUUCACCUCUACUUUUGCAUUGGCGUCAUUGGAGGUUGUGGACUCUCCUUAAACCUCAAUGCGUCUCUCACCAUCAUCAGCAAGUAUUUCCUGGCCAGGCGUCCUUUAGCUAACGGACUGGCCAUGGCCGGGAGUCCAGUGUUCGUGUGUGUCCUGGCCCCCGUCAACGAAUAUUUACUACAAAAGUUUGGCUGGAGAGGAAGUCUCCUUAUCCUCGGGGGUCUGAUGCUCAAUUGUUGUGUUGCUGGAGCCCUGAUGAGGCCUGUCAUUCUGCCUCGUAAGCCAUCCACUUGUGCACUGCAGAAGAACGUGGAGGAACAGCCAAAUAAGUGCAACACAAGGCUAAAAGGAAGCUGUAUGAACAAUGCUAAGAAGUUCUUGGAUUGGACCUUCUUCAAGGAUAGAGGUUUCAUCAUUUACCUCAUUGGGAAUGUGUUGUUCAUCUUUGGUGCCUAUGCACCCUUUGUGUUCCUGUCAGCCUAUGCUAUUAGCCAAGGUGUUGAUGAGUACUCUGCAGCCUAUCUGCUCUCUAUUACGGGCUUUGUGGACAUGUUUGUUAGGCCUAGCACUGGCCUGAUAGCCAACAACAAGUGGGUCAGGCCCAGAAUACAGUACUUCUUCAGCUUUGCCAUGAUUUUCAACGGCACGUGCCACCUACUGUGCCCACUGAGCAAGAGCUACGGUUUCCUGGUGACCUACGCAGUAUUUUUUGGCAUGAGUUUUGGCAUGGUUUUCGCCCUGAUAUUUGAAUGUCUGAUGGACUUGAUGGGAAAUCAACGCUUCCCCAGUGCUGUUGGACUGGUCACCAUCAUCGAGUGCUUCCCCAUACUACUGGGACCACCUGCUGGAGGGUUACUGGUGGACAUCUUUGGUGAAUACAAAUACCUUUUCUUAAUGAGCGGCUCGGUGAUUGUGAUUGCCGGGCUCUUUCUCUUCCUCCUGAACAUCUACAACUAUUACAUGCUGGAGAGGGAGAAGCCAGCAGAGGACAGAGAGCAGAACCAAAAAAACAUAGAGAACCAUGACCACAACACCUCAGACACAGAGAUGAAAGCAGCGAUGGAACAGACUGAGCCUCAGGCUAAAGAGAAGAACGGAGCUCAGAGAGAUCCACGUCCGGAGAAUGCAGAAACCCCUAAUUAAAUGGGAAUUCAAUUUAACUCUCCAUUUAUGUGCUUUUUAAUCACUGCAGAAGAAAAGGGUUCAACAAGAUGAUGCAAUUAAAGGAGCACCAGUUGAACCUGAAAAAACGAUGUAGAAAAUGUGAUGGAAAUAUGGCAUUCCUGUUUGUAUCCCGUCAUUUGACAACGGCUACCGUCUCCUUAUCGCUCUGUUUCGUCUGCCACAAUUUUUAGUCUCUUCAGUGGAAGUCUGCGUGACAUAUACAGUAAGUCACAUGCUUAAUGUACACCAUUAUUUAUUCAGUCUGUUUCCAAUUCACUUUGCCGUAUUUUGCUUUUAUCGUUGCACCAUCUUUCCACCUAAAUGUUUUCAUUUACAUUUUUUUCCACUCAGGUUUUUUAUGCACAAAUUGAAAAUGCACAUAAAACAGUUGGACCCGCACUUCCACACAUUUCGUUUCAACAUUCAUAUUCGUUUCAACAUUCAUAUUUGUUUAACCAUUUAAGUAAUUUAACAAGCAACAAGAGCUGUACUUGGGCACUGCUAGCUAAAUGCUAACAUCAGCAUGCUAACAUUCUCACAAUGACAAUGCUAACAUGCUGAUGUUUAGCAGGUUUACCAUCUUCAUUGUAGUGUGUUAGAAUGUUAACAUUAGCUAAUUAUCACAGAGUACUGCUGAUACCACUGGGUACGUAAUUAGCUUUGCAAGUAUUUUUAACAUUUUUAUCAUUUUUACUCUGGUGAUGUCUUUAGAUGAAGAGUCAGGGACUCACCAACGUGGUUACAAUUUGUGCUAAGGGGAACAUUAAUGUCUGCACUAAAUUUCACGGCAAUGAAUCCAAGUUUUUCAGCUAUUUCACUUAAAACCACAAAUGUCAACUGCAUGGUGGUGCUAUCUAGGAUAAGUCCGCUGUCCCUACAAACCUUUGUUCCAAUCCUAAGUAGAUGUUAAGAUAUUUAACAGGAUAAGUGAACAUUUUGAACUGUUAGUUUCACUAGACGAAAAAAGUCAGAGGAUCACCAAAGUCAGUAGGCUUUAUCCUGUGGGGACAAUGAAUGUUUAAACAAAAUUACCAAGUCACAAGGAAUGCUGAAAUGAGCGCAGCCACAAAAUAGACCAUUUCAAUGGAAUUCCAUUACUAGGCAACAGCCUGGCCCCUUGUUAACUUCCUGUCAGUUGAUGCCAUUCACAUACCCUGCAACAGGAAAUCAACUUGGGUCCAUUUAGACUGUUUAUGUUUACAUCUGUGAAAAGGUCUAUAUACGUGAGUGAAUGUUUGCAGUAAGUUUUACAUGAUCACGAACCAAAACUUUCUGUUUUGUGAUUCCUAGCUGUUCGUUGCAUAGUGAUCUAAUCAGUCUAUGAACGUUUUAAUUGUUCUUGAAGUGAUGUGUAUAACCUCGUCAUGAGAUGUGUUGCACUCAUGUUGUACAUCACAAAACUGGCAAUUGGUUUAUAAACUACAAUGUGUGUUCCACAGUGAUGUAAUACUUUCGUGUUGACAUUUCCCAGUGACAUUUGUUCAAUGGGCGAGAAUGUAUUCGCAUGCACUGUUAAUUGAUUUGAUGCUCUGUGUAUUUGCGCAUGUGAGUGAAUGUGUUUGUUGGAGUGAGUGACAAAAAGGUGAGAUAUUAUAUUGUUAUAUUUAAUGGCAGCUUUUUGGAUUCUGUGUUCCAGAGAAUUUAAUGAAAGCUUUAGUUUACUAAUUAGAUUUUUAGAACUGUAUUUUAUCUUCUGACAUCUUGCAUAUGCACAAUGUACCAUACAUGAUGUGGUUAACACUAUAUUGUUAACCUAAAUAAAAUCCCAUUUAUUUCA